CCGCAACGGACAUAGCAUGUCCGUGGCGGUAUAUUUUCAUGCAAAGAAACAUGGGAAACCGCCAUGGCUCCCGUAGAUCCAUGACAGUUUUUAGGGCAAAACCGCAACAUGUCCGUGGCAAGCGAAAUACUAUUCAAUUUCGCCUAUAGGCCUUUCUAAGAGUUUUCCAUAUAUAUAUAUACUCUACUUAUUGUUAUUGUUAAAUGUAUUAUAGCCUCUUGGUGGGCCAACCAUGGACAAACUGCCCCCAACUUACAAAAGAUGGUGCAACAGAUAUUGAACUUGACUUGUACAUUGUCCGGCUGCGAGUGCAACUUCAGCACCUUAUGUACAAUCAAAGGUUUGAAGGAGCGCCAUCUAGAUCGGUUUCAAAUUGAAGACCUCAUACUUGUGAAAGGUUAUCCAACAAGAAAGUGGUUGGUUGAGCCCGAUGCUGGGGAUGAGCUUGUAUUCAAGGGAGAGAGCUUGACAUGGACCCAAGUGCAAGAGGCAGCUGGUUUGGCAUCGAGGCCUCUGAGAUCUGCUAGAUCCCAAACACAAAGAAAGGGGAAGGAAGUGGCCCAAGAAAAGGGAAAGGGGAAGGGGAAGAAGAAGGUGCAGACAAGUUGGAGGACGACGAUCUUGGAGGAAGAGGAGGAUGUAGACUCAGAGGAGACAAGGGAAGAAGGUUUCUAUGUGGAGGAGGAGGAUGACUCUGAUGAUGAUGGCUUGGCAUCAUUAUCAGAUUCAGGUGGAUUGUAUGCUGGACGUCGACCUCGUGUUGCUACUGAUGAUGAAACUUAAGCUCAUAAUUGAAUUCAUCAUAUUUGAUGGGGUGAAGAAGGGUUUUUGUAGUUUAUGGCCUUUGUUGGUCGGAUGUGACUUUUUUCUAAUGACUUUUGAAACUUUUG